AAGCUAGUUAACAUAGUGCAAAGUAUGUAUGUGGACACAAGAGCUAGAUACAGACUAGGAGACAUAGAAACAGACUGGGUGAAGAUUGAGAGAGGAGUUAGGCAGGGCUGUAUAUUGUCACCAACCCUUUUUAGCCUGUAUACAGAGGAGCUAGCAGCCAGGAUGAGAGAAAUGAAUGUAGGGGUAAGUGUGGGGAAUGAUAAAGUAUGUGUGCUCCUUUAUGCAGAUGACGUAAUUGUUAUGAGUGAAUCGGCAGAUGAGCUUCAAAGUUUGUUGGAUGUGGUGGAUGGCUAUGGUAAAGACUUUGGAGUAAGGUUUAGCAGUGAGAAAAGCAAAGUAAUGAUUGUGAAUAAGUCAGAGGAUGAAAGUAAUGUGGUAUGGAGACUUGGAGAGAAUGAGUUGAGACAGGUGCAAGAAUACAAGUACUUAGGGAUGUGGAUGAGUCCUAGUGGGUGUGCAAAGGCAAAGAAUGAAAAGAUAAGUAUGGUAAACCAGUGGGUAGGUCGACUGGGAAGCGCGGCAAGGAUGAGAGCAAGUAAGUAUGAUGUGUUGAGAGAAGUGUGGAAGAGUGUGGCUGUGCCAUGUAUAAUGUAUGGUAUGGAUGUGAUUGCAUGGAAUGAAAGUGAAAUUGAUAAGUUAGAAGUGGGCCAGAAUAGAGUAGCAAGGAUGGCACUGAGUGCACCGAGGUGCACAGCAGUUGAAGCCUUGAGAAGUGACAUGGGAUGGAGCACCUUCAGAGAAAGACUGACAAAAGCCACACUUAGGUACAAAAUUAGGCUUGAGAGAAUGGAUGAUGCAAGAAUAGCAAGGAAGGUGUACCUGUGGAAUGAAAGUGGAAGCAAAUGGAAGAAGAGAUGCAUGAGAAUGACAGACAGGAAUGGAUUGCAAGUUGUGUGGGCGAUAAGAAUGGCUGGUAGGAAUCAAAUUGAGCGUGAAUGGGUGGUAACAAGAGGAUGCAGAGUGGGAGCCGAAUGGGAUGUGAGAAAAUGGAAGAAUGAGAUAGACAAAGAAGUGAAAUGUGUGGGACUGAAUAAAUGGAAGAAUGAGAUGGAAAGAAAGAAGACCCUGGAAUGGUACAAGGAGAAAGAGGCCCCGAGGUAUGAAAGGUGGUAUGAUGGAAGCCUGGGCGGUGAUCUUCUCUUCCGAGCGAGGGCACAGUGUAUGGAUAUGAAUGCAAGGAGUUACAGGUGGUCUGAGUCCCGCAGCAUUGUGUGCCAGAUGUGUGACAUGGGAGAGGAUGAGACGGUGGAACAUGUGGUGCUGGAGUGUGUGCAGUAUGCCAGAGACAGGAAUGAGAUGAUGCAAGUGAUACUGACUGAGUUAGGGCAUGAUAGGAAUGAAAGAGUGGAGACGGGAAAAGAGUGGAUGGUGUUGUUGCUGGGACUGUGUAGAGAGGCGAAUGAAAGGAUGAUUGAGGCGGUGAAAGAGUUUCUGGAGAGAAUGUGGCGUGCCAGGUGUAUGAACAAUUAGGAUAGAGGAUGCUGUUCGUUUCUCUUUUUUUUCCCCUUUCUACAGGAGUUGCCGAUCCAAAGACCUGACUCAGGAGUGAUCCUGUGCCACCUGUACCAUCAAGAUCAAGAUCAUGCAGCUUGUGGCCAUCGGUAGUUGGGAGAUGAGCAGCACAGACAGUUUGGAAGACCAAGCCCUGGCUGCCGACACGCCUUCCCUGGUGGUGGGAGGCAGCCGUCCCCUCCACCGCUCCCUGGCCACUUACCGAUAUGAGAAUGCCCUUGUCAAGACAGAGCUGGCAGCCACACUGGAGAGGCAUGGACGGGAGGUGGAGGAACUGAGGCUUAAGUAUGAAAGUAAGGUGCGGGAGGCAGAGAGGCAGCUGCAGGAGGUGGAGGAGCAGCUGGUGGACUUCAAGGAGACCCAUGCAGAGAAGGAGGCACGGCUACACCAAACCAACAUCAAACUGCAGCACAAGAUUAAGGGACUUGAGGAAGAUCUGGCCGCCAACAUGAGGAAGCAGGAAAAAUUGCAACAAGAGAAGACCAAAGCGGAGGAAGGAAUGGAGGAGGCCAAGUUUUCGUGGCAGGCCAGGGAGCAACACCUUCGGGCAGAGAAUGAGAGGCUGUGCAAGGAAGGCGAAGAGCUGCAGCGGGAGCUGGAGAAGGAGCGUGCCAGUGUGCGGGAGGUGACGGCAGCCCUCAGCACUGAGAGGCACCAGCAUCAGCUCAUCAAGAGUCGUGUGAGUGAGGUGGAGCAGCACUGCCAGGUGCAGCUGACUCUGGCUGAGGCACAGGCAGCUCAGCUCAGACAGGAGAAAGCUCAGGAGGAAGCCGCUGCUGCCAAGCGUAUUGAUGAGGUGGUUGCUCUGCUGGAAGAGGAGCGAGCUGUGGUGACACGGGUGAGGGGGGGAUCAGCUACCAGACUGAAGGAGGCAGAGAAGUGCAUGGCUGAGGAGAGACAGGCACACCUCUCCAGCACUCAGCAGCUGAGCCGCCACAAUGCUGAGCUACAGCAGGAGGUGAAGACGCUGGAGGACAAAGUGCAGAGCCUGGAGAACCAGCGAGAGAGUCGAGUGAAGGAGCUGAGAGAGCAACUCAAGGCCACCAUGGAGAAGCUUCAGGUGGUGGAGAAGGAGGCAGCAGUUGCAGGGGCUCGGCUGGCCAGUGUGGAGGACCUGGAGAGGCUACUGCGGCAGGAGAGGGAGAGCUCCUCAUCCCUGCGGCAGGAACUUCACCACUGCCAGGCUGAGGUGCAGGAGCUGAAAGCCAUGAAUGCUGACCUCCACCAAAACCUUCAGCAGAUUGGUGACAAGCUGAGUGAGAUGCAAGGACAGCAUGAGGCAGCCAAGGAGGAAGUGCAGAGGGAGCAGACCAACAGGGUGAAGGUGGUGGCGGAUCUCCGCAUGUCUCACCAGGAGGAGGCUGAGCGGUUGAGGACCAGGAUCAACACCUUGGAGACAUACCUAGCAGACAAGAGUACCAAGUACCUGGAGGACAGCAGUCUGCUCCGCCAGAAGCUUCAAACUUAUGCCAAGCUGAUCAAGAAGCUGAGACACAAGCUGGAAUUGGGAGCACUGCAGGUGGAGCAGCUGGAGGCUCAGCGGGCAGCCCUUCAGGACAAUGUGCCAGCCCACAAGCAUGCACACCUCCAGACUCAGCUGCAGGCACUCACCAGGAAGCACAAUGAGUUUGCUGCCUUCCUGCACGGCCUCAGUCAAUUCCAGUCAUCACUUCCUGAGAUGGCAGAGCUGACCUCCUGUGUGGGGAUGCUGAACCAGAAGCUCAGUGAGAUGGAAGAGGACCAGCGACAGUGCCUCUCAGAUCUUGAUUCCUUAUGAUAGCUGCCCCCUGACACCACCACCACCCCCACCACCUCCUUUAGUACUCAUCUCAUUGCUAAGGGAGUAAGGUGAGUUAAAAUGAAAUUUAAAUGAACUUGAAACUACUAAGUAUCUGUACCAGAUGUGUUUAUAUGUUAUUAUUUUGUAUCUAUUUUUAAGGAAGGGUUCUGGCCAAGGGCAGCAAAAAAGAUUAAAAAAAAAAAAAAUUGCUACUUAGGUACCAGUUUCUUGAAUUUUUCUCCUUGUAAUGGUCAGAAGAAUCACUGAUCAUCUUAAGCUUCUUAUUUUACUUGUACGAACCUGGUACUUACAGCAGCUGUGUGUAUGCCCUUCCUGGAGCCAAUUGUGUGUCUGUCAGUGUGUGUGUGAAAUGAAAAGCUAGUCAGUAAAGCCAUCACAGUGCUGGUGCAUUAGUUUUAAUGUUUAUAUAUGCAAGUAUUAAUUUAAUUAAGUCUUUCAAAGAGCAGCUAACAGAGAUGAAGGACCCAGUGAAAACAACAUAUUUAUUGAGCUGGAAGAGAAUUGAUAUUAUUAGUUACCUUUUAUGUUGUGUUAACCUGUCUGUAACAUUUGCCACUUAAGUCUUGCCUGCAGGAGCUUUAGGAAGCUCGGGACAAAGGCCGGUGUUCUCAAGUGAUGGUCAGGCUGUGGUCUUUAUUUUUUUAUUUUUUUUAUUUAUUUUUUUAUGUAGGAAGGACACUGGCCAAGGGCAACAAAAAUCUAAUAAAAAAAAUGCCCACUGAAAUGCCAGUCCCAUAAAAGGGUCAAAGCAGUGGUCAAAAAUUGAUGAAUAACUGUCUUGAAACCUCCCUCUUGAAGGAAUUCAAGUCAUAGGAAGGUGGAAAUACAGAAGCAGGCAGGGAGUUCCAGAGUUUACCAGAGAAAGGGAUGAAUGAUUGAGAAUACUGGUCAACUCUUGUGUUAGAGAGGUGGACAGAAUAGGGGUGAGAGAAAGAAGAAAGUCUUGUGCAGCGGGUCUGCGGAAGGAGGGGAGGCAUGCAGUUAGCAAGAUCAGAAGAGCAGUUAGCAUGAAAAUAGCGGUAGAAGACAGCUAGAUAUGCAUCAUUGCAGCAGUGAGAGAGAGGCUGAAGACAGUCAGUUAGAGGAGAGGAGUUGAUGAGAGGAAAAGCUUUUGAUUCCACCCUGUCUAGAAGAGCAGUAUGAGUGGAACCUCCCCAGACAUGUGAAGUAUACUCCAUACAUGGACGGAUAAGGUCCUUGUACAGAGUUAGCAGCUGGGGGGUGUGAAAAACUGGCAGACGUCUCAGAACACCUAACUUCAUAGAAGCUGUUUUAGCUAGAGAUGAGAUGUGAAGUUUCCAGUUCAGAUGAUAAGUAAAGGACAGACCGAGGAUGUUCAGUGUAGAAGAGGGGGACAGUUGAGUGUCAUUGAAGAAGAGGGGAGAAGUGAAGUUUCCAGUUCAGAUUAUAAGUAAAGGACAGACCGAGGAUGUUCAGUGUAGAAGAGGGGGACAGUUGAGUGUCAUUGAAGAAGAGGGGAUAGUUGUCUGGAAGGUUGUGUCGAGUUGAUAGAUGGAGGAAUUGAGUUUUUGAGGCAUUGAAUAAUACCAAGUUUGCUCUGCUCCAAUCAGAAAUUUUAGAAAGAUCAGAAGUCAAGCGUUCUGUGGCUUCCCUGCGUGACAUGUUUACCUCCUGAAGGGUUGGACGUCGAUGAAAAGACGUGGAAAAGUGCAGGGUGGUAUCAUCAGCAUAGGAGUGGAUAGGACAAGAAGUUUGGUUUAGAUCAUUAAUGAAUAAUAAGAAGAGAGUGAGUGACAGGACAGAACCCUGAGGAACACCACUGUUAAUAGAUUUAGGAGAAGAACAGUGACCGUCUACCACAGCAGCAAUAGAAUGGUCAGAAAGGAAACUUGAGAUGAAGUUACAGAGAGAAGGAUAGAAACUGUAGGAGGAUAGUUUGGAAAUCAAAGCUUUGUGCCAGACUCUAUCAAAAGCUUUUGAUAUGUCCAAGGCAACAGCAAAAGUUUCACCAAAAUCUCUAUAAGAGGAUGACCAAGAGUCAGUAAGGAAAGCCAGAAGAUCACCAGUAGAGCGGCCUUGACGGAACCCAUACUGGCGAUCAGAUAGAAGGUUGUGAAGUGAUAGAUGUUUAAGAAUCUUCCUGUUGAGGAUAGAUUCAAAAACUUUAGAUAGGCAGGAAAUUAAAGCAAGAGGACGGUAGUUUGAGGGAUUAGAACAGUCACCCUUUUUAGGAACAGGUUGAAUGUAGACAAACUUCCAGCAAGAAGGAAAGGUAGAUGUUGACAGACAGAGCUGAAAGAGUUUGACUAGGCAAGGUGCAAGCACGGAGGCACAUUUUCGGAGAACAAUAGGAGGGACCCCAUCAGAUCCAUAAGCCUUCUGAGGGUUUAGACCAGCGAGGGCAUGGAAAACAUCAUUGCGAAGAAUUUUAAUACGUGGCAUGAAGUAGUCAGAGGGUGGAGGAGAGGGAGGAACAAGCCCAGAAUCGUCCAAGGUAGGGUUUUUAGCAAAGGUUUGAGUGAAGAGUUCAGCUUUAGAAAUAGAUGUGAUAGCAGUGGUGCCAUCUGGUUGAAAUAGAGGAGAGAAGAAGAAGAAGCAAAGUUAUUGGAGAUAUUUUUGGCUAGAUGGCAGAAGUCACGAGGGGAGUUAGAUCUUGAAAGGUUUUGACAUAUUCUGUUAAUGAAGGAGUUUUUGGCUAGUUGGAGAACAGACUUGGCAUGGUUCCGGGCAGAAAUAUAAAGUGCAUGAGAUUCUGGUGAUGGAAGGCUCAAGUACCUUCUGUGGGCCACCUCUCUAUCAUGUACAGCACCACCACCAGCCAUCCACAAAACUGUUAAUAUAUACAUGUUACUUUAUUCUCAUCUAUUUAUAUUAAUAUGUAUAGUUUUCUACAUACUUUUUGUAUUUUGGGAUGUGAGAUAGGGGAGGAAGUAGUGUAGUUUACACCUAGCUUUCUACUCCUUGUGUUGUGAAGUGUGUAUUUUUUGUAUUCUGGGGCAAGAGAAAGUGAUGGAAGUACUGCUGCUUUUAUUUUCUUAUUAUUAUCACCUAGCUUUCUACUAGUGUUGUGAGGUGUGUGUACUUUCUGUAUUCUGGGGUUUAAGACAGAUGGAAGUAGUUUAUGCCUAGCUCUACUUCUUGUAUUGUGAGGUGUAAGGUCAGGAAGGGAGUUGGUGUCUGUGAGCCCCUUGAUCUAAUCACUGCCAGAAGUUUCAUCAGGUAAUUGGUGUCUGUGUAAUAUUAAAGUAUCUUCUUACCCUCAUAACCAGUGCUGCUUUAAUGAUAGUUUUUACAUUAAUGAUAGUUUUUACAUUCUAAUUGAUUUGCAACUUAGUGUGUCUUGCAAUAUUUUUUUAGAUGCAUUUGUUUAGUUUUAAAUUUCAGUGCUUUAUAAGAAUAAGUACUGUAAACAUAUCAGUGUGGUAUAUUUAAGCACUGGGCAGAGUUAUCAUAAGUUUACCUGUGUGUGAUAAUUGAUCCCUUCCAAAGCACCUGUAGAUCUGAUUGUAGUGAGAUGUAAAGUUGUGACCAAUAUAUUUUUGUAAGCCAA